GACCCUGCACUGCUCGUUAUUGCUGCAGAAUCCAACAGUGCUUAAACCAGGAGACAAGUGUGUAGCAUCUACUGGUUGAGUUUUUAUCUCUGCCUUUGCUUUGCUUGGCACUCCAGUUAAUGCCCAGCCACAAAAUCCUUGCUGUGUACUGCUGCUGCUGCUUCACAAAGGGAGGAAGGCAUUGUUGAAAAACGAUGGCGUUUUGGACGCAGCUGGGAUUGCUGCUAUGGAAGAACUUCACCUACAGAAGAAGACAGACUUUCCAGUUGCUGAUCGAAGUUGCUUGGCCUCUGUUUAUCUUCUUCAUCCUGAUCUCUGUAAGACUUUCAUAUCCGCCCUAUGAACAACAUGAAUGUCACUUCCCAAACAAAGCUAUGCCCUCAGCAGGAACAUUGCCCUGGAUACAGGGGAUCAUCUGCAAUGCCAACAACCCUUGUUUCCGCUACCCAACACCAGGGGAAUCCCCUGGUAUUGUUGGAAACUUCAAUGCGUCCAUUGUUUCCCGCCUAUUUUCAGAUGCCAAAAGGUUACUCUUGUACAGCCAACAGGACACAAGCAUAAAGGAUGUCCAGAAAGUCUUGGCAAAACUGCGGAAACUGGGAAACUUCUCUGGCUUAGACAUGAGGCUUCGGGAUUUCCUGGUUGACAAUGAGACAUUCUCAGACUUUCUCCAUCAUAAUGUGUCCAUGCCAUCUUCUGCAGUAGAGGAGCUACUGGAUGCAGAAGUCAAUCUCCAGAAGGUCAUAGUGUCCGGUUACCGAAUGCAAUUACGAGAUCUCUGCAAUAGCUCAGCGCUGUCUGAAUUUCUUACAAUCCAAAAUCGCUCAGUGGUCAUGGACUCUGAAGCCUUCCUUUGCACCUUACCAGAGGAAACACUCCAUGCAACUGAGCUAGUCUUCCGUGCUAACCUGAAUCCUUUGAAGCCUCUUCAGAGACAAUUUUUCUUUAAUUCCUCCUUGCGGGAUCUGUCAGAAACUGUGGAGGCUUUGAGGGACAGUCUGGGAAAGCUUGUCAAGGAGCUGCUGAGCAUGAAGAGUUGGAGUGACAUGAGGCAAGAGGUGAUGUUCCUGACCAAUGUGAAUGCCUCAAACUCCUCUACACAGAUCUACCAGGCUGUGUCACGUAUUGUGUGUGGCCACCCUGAAGGUGGAGGGCUCAAGAUUAAAUCGCUCAACUGGUAUGAGGACAACAAUUACAAAGCACUUUUUGGAGGCAACAGCACUGAAGAUGAUUUAACUAAUUUCUAUGAUAACUCCACAACACCCUAUUGCAAUGAGCUGAUGAAGAACCUGGAAUCCAGCCCACUUUCCAGAAUUAUUUGGAGGGCUUUGAAGCCUUUGCUGAUUGGGAAGGUCUUGUACACUCCAGACACGCCAGCCAUAAGGAAGAUCAUGGCUGAGGUGAACAGGACAUUCCAGGAGCUGGGAGUGUUUCGCGACAUCGGGGGGAUGUGGGAGGAGAUAAGCCCAAAGAUCUGGACGUUUAUGGAAAGCAGUCAGGAAAUGGAUCUGAUUCGGACGCUGCUGAAAAGCAAGGCUCUCUGGGACCUGCACUUGCCAGCUUUCAACUGGACGGUGGAGGAUGUUGCCCAUUUCCUGUCAAAGCAUCCAGAAGAGUUUGAGACAGAUAAUGGAAUGGUGUACACCUGGGUGGAUGCUUUCAAUGAGACAGAUAGAGCUAUUCAGACCAUCUCCCGCUUCAUGGAGUGUGUCAACUUGGACAAACUGGAGCCUGUGGCCACAGAAGUCCGGCUUAUAAAUAAGUCCUUGGAGCUUCUGGAUGAAAGGAGGUUCUGGGCUGGUGUUGUCUUCACUGAAAUAGCUCCUAACAGCACAGAGCUCCCUCAGCACGUGAAAUACAAAAUACGCAUGGACAUUGACAAUGUGGAAAGGACCAACAAGAUUAAGGAUGGGUACUGGGAUCCUGGUCCCCGUGCUGACCCCUUUGAGGACAUGCGCUAUGUGUGGGGAGGUUUUACCUACUUGCAGGACGUGAUAGAGCAGGCCAUCAUCAGGGUGCAGACAGGCACAGAAAAGAAGACAGGAGUUUAUGUGCAGCAGAUGCCUUAUCCAUGUUAUGUGGAUGACAUAUUUCUGCGUGUCAUGAGCCGUUCUAUGCCCCUCUUCAUGACUCUAGCCUGGAUCUACUCAGUGGCUGUGAUAAUUAAGGGCAUUGUGUAUGAGAAAGAAGCCCGGCUAAAGGAAACGAUGAGGAUUAUGGGCCUUGACAAUGGCAUCCUUUGGCUAAGCUGGUUCAUUAGCAGCCUCAUCCCUCUCCUCAUGAGUGCAGGUCUGCUGGUGCUGAUCCUCAAGAUGGGGAAUCUGCUGCCCUACAGUGACCCUAGUGUGGUGUUCGUUUUCCUCUCAAUCUUUGGCAUUGUGACCAUCCUGCAGUGCUUUCUCAUCAGCACCGUGUUCUCCAGAGCCAACCUGGCAGCUGCCUGUGGAGGCAUUGUGUAUUUCACACUAUACCUACCCUACGUGCUGUGUGUUGCCUGGCAGGACUAUGUGAGCUUCUCACUCAAGAUCUUUGCGAGCUUGUUGUCACCAGUAGCCUUUGGCUUUGGUUGCGAGUACUUUGCGUUGUUUGAAGAACAGGGAGUUGGUGUUCAGUGGGACAACUUCUUUGAGAGCCCACUAGAAGAAGAUGGCUUUAGCAUCACCACAUCUGCUGCAAUGAUGUUGUUUGACACGUUCCUCUAUGGGGUCAUGACCUGGUACAUUGAGUCUGUCUUCCCAGGCCAGUAUGGAAUUCCCAGACCCUGGUACUUUCCUUUCACGAAAUCCUAUUGGUUUGGUGAAGAAUCCCAGGACAGGCAUCACCUUCAUCCUGACCAGAAGGGGUCCUCAGAAGUCUGCAAGGAGGAAGAGCCUAUGCAUCUGAGUCUCGGUGUCUCCAUCCAGAACCUGGUGAAGGUUUAUCGUGAUGGCAAGAAGGUUGCUGUGGAUGGUCUCACACUGAAUUUCUAUGAAGGGCAGAUCACAUCAUUUCUGGGACAUAACGGAGCAGGGAAAACCACUACCAUGUCCAUCUUGACUGGCUUAUUCCCCCCUACUUCUGGUACUGCCUUCAUCUUGGGUAAAGAUAUCCGCUCGGAGCUCAGCACCAUCAGGCAAAACUUGGGUGUCUGUCCACAACACAACGUGCUGUUUGACUUGCUGACUGUGGAAGAGCACAUCUGGUUCUAUGCUCGGCUCAAAGGGCUGCCAGAAAAGAAGGUAAAAGAGGAAAUGGAGCAAAUGGCAAUGGACGUUGGUUUGCCUCACAAACUGAAAGCCAGGACAAGCAAACUCUCUGGUGGCAUGCAGAGGAAGCUCUCAGUUGCUUUAGCCUUUGUUGGUGGUUCCAAAGUUGUCAUUCUGGAUGAGCCCACAGCUGGAGUGGAUCCUUAUUCUCGGAGAGGGAUAUGGGAACUGCUUCUGAAGUACAGACAAGGCCGCACUAUCAUUCUUUCCACACACCACAUGGAUGAGGCAGACAUACUGGGGGAUCGAAUUGCCAUCAUUUCUCAUGGCAAGCUCUGCUGCGUUGGUUCUUCUCUUUUUCUGAAGAACCAACUGGGAACGGGCUAUUACUUGACCCUUGUCAAGAAAGAUGUGGAUUCCUCUCUGAGCUCCUGUCGAAACAGCAGCAGCACAGUGUCCUAUCUGAAGAAGGAUGACAGCGUCUCCCAGAGCAGCUCUGAUGCUGGCCUUGGCAGUGACCAUGAAAGUGACACCCUGACAAUAGAUGUCUCUGCAAUUUCAAAUCUCAUUACAAAACACGUCCCUGAGGCAAGACUUGUUGAGGACAUCGGUCAUGAGUUAACCUAUAUCUUGCCGUACAAAGCUGCUAAAGAGGGAGCUUUUGUUGAGCUGUUCCAUGAAAUUGAUGACCGUCUUUCUGAUCUUGGCAUUUCCAGCUAUGGCAUUUCUGAGACCACCUUGGAGGAGAUCUUCCUCAAAGUGGCUGAUGAUAGUGGUGUGGAUGCAGAAACCUCAGAUGGGACAUUGCCUGCCAGAAGGAACAGGCGUGCAUUUGGAGACAGACAGAGCUGCCUUCGUCCAUUUACCGAAGAUGAUGCAUUUGAUCCUAAUGAUUCAGACAUUGAUCCAGAAUCCAGAGAGACGGACUUUCUCAGUGGCAUGGAUGGAAAAGGUUCCUACCAGAUGAAGGGCUGGAAGCUCUCCCAGCAACAAUUUGUGGCUCUGUUGUGGAAGAGGCUGCUUAUUGCCAAGAGAAGCCGGAAGGGCUUCUUUGCUCAGAUUGUGCUGCCAGCUGUCUUUGUCUGUAUUGCUCUCAUGUUCAGUCUGAUUGUUCCUCCCUUUGGGAAGUAUCCCAGCCUGGAAUUACAGCCCUGGAUGUAUGAUGAGCAGUAUACUUUUAUUAGUAAUGAUGCUCCAGAAGAUGCAGGCACCCAGAAGCUUUUGGAUGCCCUUCUCAAUAAACCUGGCUUUGGAACACGCUGUAUGCAGGGACACUCCAUCCCAGACACUCCUUGCAUUGUGGGACAGAAGGAAUGGACCACUGCUUCAGUCCCAGACUCAGUCCUGGAAAUCUUGAGAGGCAACUGGAGCAUGGAAAACCCUUCUCCAUCUUGCGAGUGCAGCAAUGAGAAGAUCAAGAAGAUGCUACCUGUGUGUCCCCCUGGCGCAGGCGGACUGCCACCCCCACAGCGAGAACAAGACACUGCUGACAUCCUCCAGAAUCUGACAGGUCGCAAUAUAUCAGACUAUCUAGUGAAGACCUACGCGCAGAUCAUUGGGAAAAGUUUAAAGAAUAAAAUCUGGGUGAAUGAGUUCAGGUAUGGAGGCUUUUCCUUGGGAGCCAGAAGUUCCCAUGUGCUUCCUCCAAGCAAUGAAGUCACUGAUGCCAUUAAACAGGUGAAGAAGAUCUUGGAGCUAGCACAGGGGAGUUCUGGAGAUCGGUUUCUCAACAACUUGGCAAGUUUCAUGAAAGGACUGGACACAAAGAACAAUGUGAAGGUGUGGUUCAACAACAAGGGUUGGCAUGCCAUUGCCUCCUUCGUGAAUGUGAUCAACAAUGCCAUUCUUCGGGCCAACCUGCAGCAGGGCAAAAACCCUAGUGCUUAUGGGAUUACUGCCUUCAAUCACCCACUCAACUUGACUAAGCAGCAGCUCUCUGAAGUGGCCCUGAUGACCACGUCUGUGGAUGUCCUAGUCUCCAUCUGUGUGAUCUUUGCCAUGUCCUUUGUUCCUGCCAGCUUUGUGGUAUUCCUUAUUCAGGAACGUGUCAGCAAGGCUAAGCACUUGCAGUUCAUCAGUGGUGUGAAGCCUGUGAUCUACUGGCUGGCCAACUUUGUCUGGGAUAUGUGCAACUACAUCGUUCCAGCCACACUUGUCAUCAUCAUCUUCAUCUGCUUCCAACAGAAGUCCUAUGUAUCCUCCUCCAACUUGCCUGUGCUUGCUCUUCUUCUGUUUCUCUAUGGUUGGUCUAUCACUCCUCUCAUGUAUCCAGCCUCCUUCGUGUUCAAAAUCCCUAGCACAGCAUAUGUUGUGUUGACUAGUGUGAACCUUUUCAUUGGCAUCAAUGGUAGUGUGGCUACCUUUGUCCUGGAGCUCUUCACCAACAACAAGCUGAACAACAUCAAUGACAUCUUGAAGUCUGUCUUUCUCAUCUUCCCUCACUUCUGCCUGGGGCGGGGUCUUAUUGACAUGGUGAAAAAUCAGGCCAUGGCUGAUGCUCUGGAGAGAUUUGGCGAGAAUCGUUUUGUGUCCCCUCUGUCGUGGGACCUGGUGGGAAGGAACCUGUUUGCCAUGGCAGUGGAGGGUGUAGUCUUCUUCCUCAUUACUGUGCUCAUCCAGUACAGAUUCUUCAUCAAACCCAGGCCUGUCUAUGCCAAGUUACCUCCUGUGAAUGAUGAAGAUGAAGAUGUAAACAGAGAAAGGCAGAGAAUAAUAAGUGGAGGAGGACAGAGCGACAUACUGGAAAUCAAGGAGCUGACCAAGAUUUACAGAAUGAAACGAAAGCCAGCAGUUGACAGGAUAUGUGUUGGAAUCCCUCCUGGAGAGUGCUUUGGACUUCUGGGAGUAAAUGGUGCGGGCAAGUCAUCCACUUUCAAGAUGCUAACUGGUGAUACAGAUGUAACAGGAGGAGAAGCUUUCCUCAAAGGAAACAGUAUCCUGUCGAACAUCCAAGAAGUCCAUCAGAACAUGGGCUACUGUCCACAGUUUGAUGCUAUUAAUGAACUGCUGACAGGGCGAGAACACUUGGAGUUCUUUGCACUCCUCAGAGGUGUUCCUGAGAAGGAAGUUUGCAAGGUUGGCGAAUGGGCAAUUCGGAAACUGGGCCUUGUGAAAUAUGGAGAAAAAUAUGCAGGCAACUACAGUGGAGGGAACAGGCGCAAGCUCUCCACAGCAAUAGCCCUCAUUGGAGGGCCACCUGUGGUAUUCCUGGAUGAGCCAACAACAGGAAUGGAUCCCAAAGCACGCCGUUUCUUGUGGAACUGUGCUCUGAGUGUUAUCAAAGAGGGGAGAUCAGUGGUUCUUACAUCUCACAGCAUGGAAGAGUGUGAAGCGCUGUGCACUCGAAUGGCAAUAAUGGUCAAUGGGCGAUUCAGGUGUCUGGGCAGCGUCCAGCAUCUAAAGAACAGGUUUGGAGAUGGUUAUACCAUAGUGGUGCGAAUUGCAGGGGCUAACCCAGACUUGAAGCCAGUUGAGGAAUUCUUUGGGCAUGCCUUCCCUGGAAGUGUCUUGAAGGAGAAGCAUCGCAAUAUGCUGCAGUACCAACUUCCGUCUUCGCAAUCUUCGCUGGCCAGAAUAUUCAGUAUUCUCUCCCAGAACAAAAAGAGACUCCACAUAGAAGACUACUCUGUUUCUCAGACCACACUUGACCAAGUAUUUGUAAAUUUUGCUAAGGACCAAAGUGAUGAUGACCACACUAAGGACCUGUCAUUACACAAAAACCAGACUGUGGUAGACAUUGCAAUCCUUAAUUCCUUUCUGCAAGACGAGAAGGUAAAAGAAAGUUGUGUGUGAGCCAAUUUCAGCCAGGAAAUAAUGAGAAGAAUGCAAACUUCCUUUGCCUGGGGAUAGGUUACUCCCAAAGAAGCUAGAGGGAGACAAACUGGACACUCUACUGAUAACCAUUCAAUGCAAUGCAAUUCAAUGCAAUGAAUCCAAAAUUCCAUUUUAGGGGCAGUGCCUCGUGGAGUCGUCUUGUACUGUUCUCAAGUGAAAGACUUGAACUUAGCUCAUUACAGUACAACUCUGUGAAGCUGUGGUAAAGCACCCACCAGAUGCUGUGGACUUUCAACCACACUGCAUCUUGUCCUGUACAGUAUGUUUUUACUAGGGUUGCAAAAACAGUUCAUUAAGGAAUAAUGGCCAGUGGUUAUUUAUUGAUAUAUUAAAGACAUGUGUGUUUUACUCUUGAAAACAUGCAUGUCAGGAGUGGGAUUUCCCUGGUGCUACGUCCAUUGCUGGCAAUGAAUGCACCAAGACAGUCAGCAAGAGAAGUUACCAGCAUUGUGACCUUUGUUUGUGAAAGCAUACCUGACCAGCUGCUUUGCCUAGGCUGGUGUAGGUCAAUUGGUGACAUGUCUGUGGUCACAGAGCAGUGCUGUGCAGAUGGGAUGGCAAGAGAUGGGCCAUCGUGUCUGUACAUCUACUUUGGAAUGGAGGUAUGCAGAACUGUGAACCCUACAAAUGCACAGGAUUGUCCCACCAGCAUCAUAACUAUUAACCUACUCUGACUGGGUUUUCUUGUAGUUAAGUACUCUCCCUGCUCCUUUGAGAUACUGCAGCAGCUGCAUGAACACCUGGCAGAAGGGAGUGGGUGAGAAAGCAGACCACAGCAGCAAACUCAGUAGUUGUACCAGCUGCUAAUACCAAGAGCAAAUUCUAAAUCAUGAUAUGCCACUCAGAUAUGUAAUGUCCGCUCUUUUAACCCCUGCUUUGCACCAGAAAGGUACCCAUCAUCUAUAGUUACUGCUUAGCAAAAGAGUGUUGCCAUUUCUGGCUUUGCCAGAUAAAACUAGAAAUGUAGUUUGUUUUUUUUAACAGUAUUAUUUAUAUGACUUUGAAUAGGUUGGUAGCAUAAUUAGGGAUUGAAAGUGCUUUCAGUUGAUCUUUGUAGCCCAAGUAUUUCUUUACUUUAUGCCUGCAAUGCUGUGCUUUCGUUCUCUCUAUUCAGCAACAGCUACAUUCAUGAUGCAGGCAGGUUUCACCCUCUUGCAAUUAGCCACUAUCUGUACUACAAGUUGUUCGCCUAAAAUUUUCCCUCAUGGAAGCUGGUAUAAUAUUAGAUUAAUGUGCAAGUUUCUGCUUCUGUUGUGCAGUGUAGUGUCAGUUGGCAGGUGAUCCCUAACUGUAGCACACACUCUUAAUUCAUGUGAGAAACUGUGUCAGUAAAACUCCUCAUCUUGAACAAGAUAGUUCAAAAGUAGGAGAGCUACAAAUGACAUCAAUCAAAUUGUAAAGUUUUACAAGGCCAGAAUAAUAGUAGAGGGAAGAUUACAUGGUGAGAACAAGCAAUUCUUGUUCAUCCUGUGCAACAGCCAUGGGAGAGUAUGCUUUUGUUAAUAAACUUAUGUGCCCUCUGUCUCGCUUUUGCAUUCAGAAAUAGGUUCAGUAAUGUGGUAUGAACCCAAGCAUAGUACCUGGGCAAUUCUUGUGCGUCAUGCCUCUGCCUUAAGUACCUGUGCAAGUUCUGCACUCGUUUUAAUGCUCCACCAUGAAUGCGUCAUGGACCAUUUUCUUCUGUGAAUGCCCACAGCAGCCCAGCAAUGGUGAAGAGGCUGGAGUGAACCUUAAGAAGGUUGAGUACAUAUUUGUAGGUGUACUUGAUAACAUUGACCAAUUCAGCAUUUUUACUACAUGGACAGUUAAAUACUUAGCACAAGUCCCCAGUCCCUGCUGUGCCGUACUUUUGCAUAAUGUAAUAGCUUACUACAUGUUCUGCUGAAGUGCCUUUUUCAUACUAAUUAUUUUUUAUCUAUCUAUUACAUUGCUACGGGGAUAGAAAGGAGAGCGAUGGGGAUUGGUAUACCUCACAUAAAACAUGCUUUGUUUUUACCUUUAUGGCACCCUUACCCCCGUGAGGAUGUCUGCACCAAACUUCUAUGUGCAGAACAAUUACCAUAGCAGCUGAGCUACAGCCAUGACUUUUCAAAGCAGGCUGCUCAUAUGUUAAGCCAUCAGUGAGACAAAUGGCAUGUAGUGAAUACUUACCACUGCUAGAAAUCAUUAUUGCAAAUCAGAAUUAAGUGAAAAUCUCAGCAUAGAGGCUGAAGUGAAGGGCUUAAGUUUUACACUGCACAGAUCUAGUGCAUGUAGAACUACAGCGAGUUCUAGGAGGAUUCAUAUUUGGUCUUAAAAGAGCUGUAGUUUGCUCUUUGCAACUGCUCAUAUAAAUGACUCAUUUUACAGGAAACAAGUGUCUUUUUUAGCUUAGCUGGCCAAAAAGAGAUUCUUGGUUUCUGUGUCCUAUGAGUGUCUUGCUCAUAGUCUCUCACACGUGGAAGUUUGAUAUCUGUGACAAAAAGACGUGGAUGUUACCUGAACUGUUUCACAGCUCUAGUGCAUUUUGUUUGUUGUUUGUAGCCAUAGUGAACAGACAGCAUAAAACAACUCUUGCGCAGAUUUCUCAUGGAGUAACCUCAGACAACCAUUUGCCUAUUCUUAUAGUUCUGCAUGGGGAAAAAUCACUCGAGUCACGUACAGUAUGAUUGUGAAUUACUCUAGAUAAUAGAACUGCACUGAGGUGUUAACUUAUUUUAAACUGUGUUACUGUUGAAAUAUUGCACCCUUCUUCAUAGUACAUUUGUAUUUCAGUACAGAGUUGUUACACUUUUCCCCUAUGGUUAAACCACCACUUUGUGCUUAUCUUUGCCUCCUGAACUGUAGUUGGUCCUUCAUUCCAAGCACUUUAUGCUAUCUGUAAUGGGAUCUAUUUUUGCACUGGAAUAUCUGUUAACUUUGCAAAAAUCUAGUGAGAUUUCACAACUGAAAUUUCUGAGUUAAAUCCUUAAGUGGAUGUUUUCAUUAAAGGAAAAAAAAAGUAUAUAUAUUUGUAUUUGCUAAUAACUGUUAUGUGAAGUAUUAAGAGGCACUCUAAUUGCCUUGUAUUAAGUAAAAAAUAAAGCUGUUCUGGCACCUUU